AUGCUGAGUAAUGGUAAAAGGUGUGAUAUGGCUGAUUUACUUUCAAACUUCCGGAAACAACGCGCUCAGGCCGUUAAUAAACAGCACUGGCGUUUAGCUUAUCCAAGAGAAACAGAUUAUUGCAAAACGGGUUUGUUUGUUUGCUUACAGUCCUGGAAGCAGUAUCUUGCCGUACACAAGCACUUUAUGCGCUAUUUGGCAAUCCGGAAGAAAAUCCCGAAAAAUAUUCUGGAGCGAGCCGAAAAUUUUCUCAACGAAUGCAGUGAUCAGUUAUCAGAAGAAUCAGUCUAA